AAGUAUCAGUUUCCACAAAAGCGUAUAUUUUUUAUCAUACAGAUGAUAAUGAUUUUUAUCAGGGAAAGUCACGUGUUCAUAUAUAUAUAUAUUGUUUUUUCGGCGUAUUGAAGUCAACCAACUUGGGGCGGAAAGGAUAAUCAACGAAACGCGUCCAUUUGGAGGAUGACGAUGACGACGACAUAUUUCACUUCCUAUGCGUCGCGGAUACGGGGACCAGCAGAGCAGGAUCGCCGAUUCGAUUACCGUCCGAUAUUUUAUUCUACAAAUCAGAUGGCAGCGGCUCAGUUUCAGAAAUUUUCAAUGAAUUUCAAAAUGCCUUUCCAUCUUCUCUUUCACACUUCAGCCUUUUAAAUUUUUUGGCUUCACUACCAUCACUCUCUCUCUCUCUCUCUCUGCUGUAAAUUUCCAGACCUUCCUUGUCUUAUUCGCUUCCUUUAAUGUUCGUUUUUCUAGGCACUUUUUCUCCGUCCAAUGCAAUUGAGAUUGUCCUCUCAUUUCUGAUUCCUGGGUUUGUUCUUGUUUUUAUACCUUCUUUUAGUAGCUUCCUUCCAGGUUUUUAUACAAUGCCCAUUAAAAAGCUAAGCUAAACUGACCGAAGCUUGCCGUCCAUCAAUUUUUUUUUACAAAAAAAAAAAGAAAAAGUAGAAAAUUUGAGAAUUUUGCGGCAGAUACUUCGUAGUUGUGUGGAUUUUUUGGAUACCCUUUUCGAAGGAUUUUCUGUUUCCAUGAAUGGUUUAAAUUCAACCAUGUCCCUGUUUCAGACUACUCGAUUUGUUCUAGCUCCGACAGUGAGUCUGUACCCAGUCGGCCGUCCAACGUUCCCACCAAUUUACUCCAUGAGAGAGAAUCAACCUCAACAUCGACAUCGACAUCGACAUCGAUAUUAACUACGACGUCUUCGAGCUCAAUUUCGGAGGCUGAUUCUAUGGACGUCGGGGAUUCAUCGAAUGCCAUGCUCAAGUUCAUUAACGAAAUGCUCAUGGAAGAAGAGCUGGAUGGGAAACUGGAGGACUCUUUGGCUCUUCAAGUCGCUGAGAAAUCAUUUUAUGAUGUGCUUGGUCAGAAAUACCCUCCUUCACCUAUUCAACCCCCUUUUUCUGGUUCCUUCAAGAAUGUCGAUAAGCUGGUUGAUCGAAUUCCCCUGAGAUUCGGUAUCAGCGAGAAAGACUACUACCAAAGUGGAUACAGCAGCAAAGACUCCAUAGCGGCCAACACAAGUGGGGUUCACGACCAAGAUGGGUACGAAUAUUCUGAGGUCCAAACAUCUCCUUCUGAGCCUCAGGUGUGUACACGUUCGGUUCCAUAUUCGUUUUGUGAUUUACAAUCUUUUGGGAAUUUUAGGGGAGGAACAGGGAAAUCAAGUUCAGUUAUCAUUCCGAGUACAAAAUUUGGAACCAUUGACAUGGAGAGAAACCCAUUAUCAAUGACUGCAGGGCAUGGUGAAAAUGUUGUGGACAUGCCGGAGGAGAGAAACAACUUGCCAACUGGUUCAAGAGCCAAGAGAAAUCAUCAGCUGGACCAUGGUGGUGGAAAUCUAGAAGGGAGGGACAACAAACAUUCAGCGGUUUAUGCCGAUGACUUUUCUGAUCUACAAGAGAUGUUUGAUAAGGUUUUGCUCAACCAUGGGGAUGAUGACGAGUCAAAUGCUCUUCGUGGGUUUUCUCAUGUUGAAGGACAUAGGAAGUUGCAGCACAUUGAGCAGGCAAAAGAGUCCGGUAAGAAAACGCGUUCCAAGAAAGUACAAAACAACGAGGAAGAAAUGGUAGAUUUGUGGACCCUCCUAACUCAGUGUGCCCAAGCUGCUGCAAGCUAUGACCAGAUAACUGCAACAAAGCUGCUCAAGCAGAUAAGGGAGCACUCUUCUGUAGAAGGUGAUGCAACUCAGAGGGUAGCUCAUUACUUUGCUAGUGGCCUUGAGGCUCGCUUGGAAGGAAUCAGGACCCCUUCGUUUACGCCCCAUGUGAGGAAUCAUGUUUCACCUGCUGAUAUUUUAGAAGCUUACCAUCUCUUUCUUACUGCUUGUCCUUUCAAGAGGAUGUCCAAUUUCUUUGCAAACAGAACAAUCUUGAAACUAGCACAGGAAGCUACAAGGAUUCACAUUAUUGAUUUUGGUAUUCUCUUUGGUUUCCAAUGGCCCUGCCUCAUCCAACAUCUCUCAAAAAGACCUGGUGGACCUCCCAAGCUCCGUAUCACUGGAAUUGAGCUUCCCCAACCCGGUUUCCGACCUGCUGCAACGGUGGAAGGGGCAGUGCAUCGCCUGAAAAAUUAUUGCAAGAGGUUUAACGUCCCUGUUGAGUUUAAGAUCAUUGCUCAGAAAUGGGAAAUUAUCCGAGUUGAGGAUCUCAAUAUCGAUAGAGAUGAGUUUACCGCAGUAAACUGUUUGAGUCGCUUAAAGCACAUACCGGAUGAAACAGUGAUGCCCAACAAUCCAAGAGAUACUGUCCUCAAGUUGAUCAGGAGCAUGAAUCCUGAUGUUUUCAUCACCGGUGUUAUCAAUGGGACAUUCAACUCACCCUUCUUCCUCACACGGUUCAAAGAGGCACUAUUCCACUACUUCACGCUGUUUGAUAUGCUCGAUGCCAGCGUGCCCCGAGAAAACAAAGCGAGAAUGAAUUUUGAGAGAGCAAUAUAUGGAAAGGAAAUUAUGAAUGUGAUAGGGUGUGAAGGUGCAGAGAGAAUUGUAAGGCCGGAGACCUACAAACAGUGGCAAGCUCGGAUUACAAACGCUGGAUUCAAACAGAUGACACCAAACCAGGAUAUAGUAGAGAAAAUUAAGAGCAUGGUGAAAUUGGGGUACCAUAAGAACUUUGUUGUUGCUGAACAAGGGCAGUGGUUGCUGCAAGGAUGGAAGGGAAGGAUUUGCCUUGCUCUAACCUCUUGGAAACCUGCCUAGGUCUUUGGAAUAUAACUAGUUUAGGCUAAUAUUAUUGCCUGCAUGUUUUUUUCCUUCCAAUGGAAACUUUUUCAUGUCAUCUGCAUCCAAGGAGCAAUAGAUGGAUAGGGGACCAAAAUCAUGUGUGUUUUUUUUUUUUUUUUUUUUUUUUUGGCCCUAUGUUUUUGGUCAACAAAUCAUGUUUAUUGGCUCUGUAUGUAUAUUUUCUGUUGUUAUUGUAAUUCAUUCAUUGGGGAACAGGUGGCAUUUUUACCAAUGUCCAAAAAUAUACAUUGGUAUUUGAUGCAUGUAAGACAAUAAGUUGCUCUGGCACUGAUGGAUACAAUAAGAAAUCAAUAUUACUUGUA